AAUCGAGUCACGCGGCGUCCUUCGCAAAAACCAACAACCGCGCCCACGAAGUCCACGCGAGCGCGCGCGCGCCCUGCCCCCGUUACAGGCACCGCCGCCGUCGCCGCGUGCGGGAGAUGAGCUCCGGUCCACCUGCUGACCAACACCACCACAACUAUGAGCGCGACUCGGAACCGUCUUACGACUCGCACAGCGGAGACGCGGACGAUGGAAGACACGACGCCGAGUUCGAGGUCGAAAAGAAAGCAAAAAGCGGCGCGGAAAAGAAAGUGAAAGCUGCGCAGCUCGCGCACACCCGACCGCAAAUCUACCCGUGGAUGACUAAACUGCACGCGAGCAACGAAUCGGAUGGAAAACGAGUGAGGACAAGUUACACCCGAUACCAAACACUGGAGCUGGAGAAAGAGUUUCACUACAACCGAUAUUUAUCCAGACGAAGGAGAAUCGAGAUCGCGAACACGCUGUGUCUGAAUGAGAGGCAGAUCAAAAUCUGGUUUCAGAACCGCAGGAUGAAAUGGAAAAAAGACACAAAGACACAAAAUUAAACAUCAAUAUCAAACAAAAAAAAGUCUUACAGCUUAUAAAUGUCUUAUUAUUCAUAGGUCUGUGACGAUAUUACAGUUUAUUUUCAUGAUAUUUCACCAUCAUCAUGAUAUUGUACACUCGGGGGGUGGGGGUGGGGGGUGGAUGGUACUUAACUGUACAGUUCCUUAUUGCUCGGGUGGCACUCUCAAGGUUACAGGUCCUGCACCUUUAAUAGCCUGGGUGUAUAUAUUUAACCCGGAAAUGUGGAUAUAAUGCUCACUUUACUCGGAAAUCUAAUUAGAGCCCAUGUGUGGAACUGAAACCUUUUUUUUUUUUUUGUAAAACGCACACAUUAUCCACAUUUCCAGGUGAGAAAUACAAACGUAGAAAAAGAUUUUUUAAAAAAAGGUGCCACUGCAGAGAUAAAGAAAGUUCCAGUUUAGUACUAUUACUCUGAGCAUUUUUUAAAAACCCUUUCAAGUCCUGAGUGAUGAAGAUGCGCACCGUCAUGCUGAACUUUUAUUGAAUUUCGGAAAUGAGAAAAUCAAGACGUGCACUGCUUCUUCAGAGGAGUUCAUAACAUGGAGCCUGUACACAUCCAGGCCUUACACACACACACACACACACACACACACACACACACACACACACACACUGCUGUACACACUGUUUUUGUUUUUUGGGAUGCUGCCCAAAAUGGCCACCUAGUGAGGAAUCUUCCUCCAAAAUAAUAACUAAAACUCAGGAGGGUCAUGAGAGCAUGAUGAUGAUGAUGAUGAUGAUGUCCACAAUAGAUCAGUUAUAAAUGAUCAGCACAAGCUCACUACUGAUAUUAAAGCACGAGUGUCAUUUUUCUGAAUGUCAGACUGCAUCACUGAUGCUGCAGUUAGAGCACUUACAAGUAGAACACUGAGAUAUAUUCAUAGAAACGUGUAAAGGUGUAAUUUUUUUGUCUAAUUUAUGGGAUUACAACGUUUCAGACCUAUUACUAUGAGACACUGAGGUCAGUGCACAUGACUAUACACUUUUUUUUUUAUUUUGAUGAAUCCUUAAUGUUUGUUGAUGUUCUUUUCUCUGCCUUACUGACAAGCUUUUUCCUUUUUUCCCUUUUUUCUUUAAGAACAUCAGGAUUUAUUGUAAGACACUAAUAAAGCAGAUACUGUAUCUUGGAAAUAUUUUACAGAAACUAAAAAAAAAAAGUCCUCAUGGCUGUGGAAAUAAUAGAUUUAAUGCAAUAAAUGCUAAUGUGAAUAAAAUAUCUAAAAGUG